GGGAAACUACGGGCUGGACAGCCAUGCCCCAGUGCUGCUGGGCUCCGAAAUGCUCCAACACUGCCGGCCUGCGGGGCGCCGACAACCGCCCUGUGAGGUUCUACAAGCCCUCCCUCCUGUCCACAGGCCCAGCCAUCCCAGCACCUGGCACUGAAAACCUGGUGGUGUUAGGGCCAGUUGGAUACCCUGAGAGCCCGGCCACCAUGUUCCUGAACCCCCUGAGUGUUUUGCUGGCUCCUGCAUGGCCUUGCCCUGGAGUCCCCUCUCAGCACCCACAGGCUGGGCUCAGCACUGGGCAGGAGGGAAGGCUGCAGCAACUCCAAGAGUGGCACUAG